UCUUCCGUCUCGGUUAUUUCUCGGUCAGUGUUCAGGAGGGAGUGAGAGUCCGCAGAGUGUCGGUAUUUACCUUACAAGAUAGGAACAGCGUUAUCACCUAAACACCGUGGAUUAUUGUGUUUUCUUUACAAGUAGACUACCGCAGAGUAUCCUCGGGGUCCGGCCAUGGCUCUAACCGGGGCUCCGUGGAGGGGACAGGGGCAUUUAAAGGUCUCUUUUGGUCCAAACAGCUUCUUUUGAUUUGUACUAAACGGUCCAGCUCCUCCACACCUCCUGCCUUGUUUGUUUCUUUUCACCUACAGCCGGCUCUUCUUUUUGUUUUAGGAAGUAACACGGUUUAGUAUAUAUUGUUCGUUCGUUUCUGGUCGUUUUUAAAGUUUUUGCUUCUUUCUGGAGAGCGGAGGUGGCGAACUGAAAGCGGCUCACCGAGUCGGGACUGACCAUUGGAGUUGGUCCUGAAAAUGGAGGCUGUUAUCGAAAAGGAAUGCAGCGCGCUCGGAGGACUCUUCCAGACUGUUAUCGGAGACAUGAAAAGCAGCUAUCCAAUUUGGGAGGACUUUAUCGCCAAGGCAGGCAAACUGCAGUCGCAGCUCAGGGCGACUGUGGUUGCUGUUGCUGCCUUCUUGGAUGCCUUUCAGAAAGUGGCUGACCUAGCCACCAACUCACGAGGGGGCACCAGAGACAUCGGAUCGGCGCUGACCCGGAUGUGUAUGAGACAUCGCAGCAUCGAGGCCAAACUCAAGCAGUUCUCUAUGGGCUUCUUGGAAAGUCUGAUCAGCCCUUUACAAGAGCAAAUGGAGGAGUGGAAAAGAGGAGUCAACACUUUGGAUAAGGACCAUGCUAAAGAAUAUAAACGAGCUCGCCAGGAAAUUAAAAAGAAGUCUUCAGACACACUGAAACUUCAGAAGAAAGCAAAGAAAGCUGAUACUCUGGGUCGAGGUGAUAUCCAACCCCAGCUGGACAGCGCCAUGCAGGACGUCAGUGAUAAAUACAUUCUGCUGGAGGAGACUGAGAAGCAGGCCCUGAGGAAGGCUCUCAUAGAGGAGAGACAGAGAUUCUGCCUAUUUGUGGCCAUGCUGCGGCCUGUAGUGGAUGAAGAAAUUUCUAUGUUGGGAGAGGUCACCCAUCUCCAGGCCAUUUCUGAUGACCUCAAAGCCUUGACCUCUGACCCACAUAAACUCCCCCCUGCCAGUGAGCAGGUAAUUAUGGACCUGAAGGGCUCAGACUAUGGGUGGUCAUAUCAAACCCCGCCCUCAUCCCCCAGCACCACUAUGUCCAGGAAGUCUAGCAUGUGCAGUAGUCUGAACAGCGUUAACAGUAGUGACUCCAGGGGGUCCAGCGGCUCUCACUCUCAUUCUCCUUCCUCCUCUUCUUCCUCCUCUUCCUCACACCACCUCUUCCACCACCAUCAUCCCCGCCACCGAUACCGCAGCUCCACACUACCCCAGCAAGCCCCGGCUCGCCUCUCCAGCAUCUCCUCCCAUGACUCGGGCUUCAUUUCUUCAUCACAAGACCAGUACACGUCGUCCAAAUCAUCCUCACCCAUGCCAGCUGAAACAAAGCCUUGUCCCAGUUCCAGCUCCUCUGAGAUGUCAGAGACUGGACAGCUUCUCAGCGACUGCAGCUCCCCCUCCUCUCUGGCUGCUGCUACUGCACUUCAGCACACCGACAAGUUGUCCAAUGGUUUUGACCACUGCAGCCCAGCCAGUUCCCCAUACCUGCAUAGCAACGGAUCAGGCACUGCCUUCCCUUUUUUCCCUCCAUCCUCCUCAUCCUCCCCUUCAUCCUCAUGCCCCACCCGUUCAUGGUCACGUCCUGCCUCGGCCUUGCUGCCAGACUUCCCUCACUAUUGCACGAUGGGUUCCCCCAUGGUGCCUUCAUCUCGAGUUCCCACCUGGAAGGACUGGGCUAAGCCAGGACCUUAUGACCAACCAAUGGUCAACACAUUGAGGAGGAAGAAAGACAAGGACACUUCAGCUGUGGUGGACACUAAUGGUAAUGUGAGCUGUGAGUACAGCCCUCCGUCAGCCUCAGUCUCAAACUCAGCAGCAGCUCCAGCUGCGUUACAAGCACCAAUCCCAUCAGCCUCAAUGGAUGAUAACAACAGGACUAUGGCCGCUCCACUCAAGGCUGGCGAUAUUGAGCCCCAUGAGGAAUUGGCUCUGGCCUUAUCCAGAGGUCUAGAGCUGGAUGCCCAGAGGUCCAGCAGAGACUCUAUUCAGUGUUCUAGUGGCUACAGCACUCAGACCAACACACCCUGCUGCUCUGAAGACACUAUACCCUCACAAGUAUCAGACUAUGAUUAUUUCUCAAUGGCUGGAGACCAGGAGACUGAGCAACAGGCUGACUUUGAUAAGUCCUCCACCAUCCCCAGAAACAGUGACAUUGGCCAGUCUUACAGACGCAUGUUCCAGACCAAGCGGCCAGCCUCUACAGCCGGUCUGCCCAGCACACAGGCUCCUUAUCCAGGCCAGGGGGCCUAUCCAGCAGGGGCCUAUCCCCCCACACCUAUCCAUACAGGAGGUUACCCCUCCAGCCCUACUGGGGCUUAUCCUUCCACCCCUACAGGUUCCUCCUGUUCAGGUCAGGGAUAUUAUUCUGCAUCCGGCUCCCAUAAUGCCUCUGGCUCAUACUCUACAGGCCACGGUCCAGUUAUCGUCACCCCUGGGGUCGCCACAAUUCGCCGCACCCCGUCUUCUAAACCGUCCGCCCGGCGCUCAGGCUCCGUGGUUGGAACAGGGCCCAUCCCUAUUCGUACUCCGGUUAUUCCAGUUAAAAUCCCCACAGUACCCGAUAUGUCAGGAACCAUUAACGGGAGCAGGAGUGCAGAGGAGGUGGAAGGAGGAGGAGGAGGAGGAGAGAGCCCUGACUCACCGACAUAUUCUGGAGUAGAAGAAGCCAGCCCGCUACCUGUGGUGUCGUGGAGCGGUCAAGCUACAACCAACCCUCCCAUUGUGACCCAGGCCAACCAGCUGAGCCAGCAGCAGGAGGGAGGCGCAGAAGAGGUGGGCGAAGGCCUGGAAGGAGAGUCCGAAGGGAACAUGCUUGUGGCCAUACGCAAAGGAGUAAAGCUCAAGAGAACCCUCACUAAUGACCGCUCAGCUCCACGCAUCGCAUGACGACGCCACGCAGGAAAUACACGACCUCAGGCUGCAGAAGUGAGGUCAUCACCAGGGUUAAUGGCUUUAGAAAGUGCCGCUUAUGGGGAUGUGAUGUACAGAAUCAGAAUCUUCACCUCUGAGAACGCCUCACUAUGUAGAACUUUAUAAAGGCUCGGAGAAGCAAUUACAGCCUACUAUUGUUGAAAUGAUGAAUGUCAGCCAAGUCACAUCUCCGAUUUAGCUUACGACGGCUGUAUGUAAAACUAGAAGAAAUAUGUCCCGACUCUAAUUGGAUCACUAGCCCAAUGAGUCUGUUGAUAAGAUCUCAAUUCUAAAAAGGAGAAUAGAAGAUUUUGGUGUCAGCACUAAAAAUUUUUUUUUUUUGGGGAGGAAGAAUUUCGGAGCCUGCAGCUGAGUAAUAAAGUAUAAAACAUAAGGACCUUUUUGGUAAUUAAUACCAGAGGACAGAGCAGCGUUAUACCACAACAUCUUCAUUUAUUUAAGAGGAAAAUGACACUAUACACACAUGUAUCCCGUAUUCUUCAUGUUCCCCUUAUUCUAUUAUAGUAAAGGACUGUGUAUUCCAUGUGUAAACAUUUAACAUUGAGGGAGUGCUGCGUACCGUCAUGGACAAAUCAUCAUUCAAACUCACUAGUGUCUUGGCAGAUGGAGAGCAAUAAGCAGUGCAAGUACAGCACUGCAUCAACACAGCAAUAUUCAGGUGCGGCAUGAAGUAAUGGCUCCAGCGGUCGUCUUCUCGUUGCUCCAUUUGGCAGCCCCUGGACUGAAUGGACUGCGUACUUGGAGGGACGCCCUAAUGGCUCCAUAAAGGUGCUGUGCUGUUUUUCAACUCGUCCACUUAAACGGCAGUUGGAGUGGGCAGAGAUACAAACAGGACAGAGCUCUUCUUCAUGGAAAGGAUGAGACAUUGUGCAGCUGCCUGAGCUUCAACCAAGUAAAAGACGCAGGAGACACAAUGCGACUAAAGUAUCAGAGGAAGUUCCUGACCUGUUUGGUUUGAGUUCCUUUAAUAUUCACAGGAUUAGUAAAUACUUUUACACGAGUCUGUGCUUCUCGCUCUCUGCUCCUACAGUGCCAAAACGGUUCAUUUAAUAUUUUUUCCCCGACAUUGAAUUUAUAUUUUGAUAGCUAAUUCUAUCAAAAUAUAACUCCACAUACAUUAUUUCUUUGCAAUCUGUAUCCCUUUCCUUAUUUCCAUUAUGAAUCUUAGAGAUAAUCUGCGAUAUCUACAUGCUGAGCUUUGUAGAAGUCCUUGUUUGUGUUCAUAUAUAUAUUAGCCUUUUUUUUUUUUUUGUAGCAUUGACUAGCCAUGCUGCAACUUGCUGCGCAUUGAUUGCUCAUAACAUUACUAAUAAAACGUCAAAGUACAGAUGUGCCAUGUCACAAAUUCAGCAUUUAUUCAAAUUUAUACAUAUAUAUAUUAUUAUUAUUAUUAAACAUUUUAUAGAAGAGAGUACGACAAAAUAUUUUUGAUGUUUUGAACGUUAUGAGUUAUAAGCUGCAUUUGGUGAUGCCAUACUGUUUCUGUUGUUCGUCUGGUUGCGGUUAUGUUCACUUCAUCUGUUGUGUAGCAUGCAUGUUUAUGUGCUCUGAUGUUUCUCCAUCUGUUGUCCGAAACCACUUUACUACAGUUUUAAUGUUGUAAUUUCUUUCGUAAUAGUAUGAAGGGCAAUAAGCCUGUUUAAUACAGAUUUUGUUUCAGUAAGAAUAGGAAAUCGCAUCAAAAUCCAUUGUAUAAUUUAAAAAACAUGUCAUUACAGGUUAAUCUAUUUUUGUUUUUAAUCACAACAAUAGCAUGUAUUGGGAUUAUGAGGCUUUUCCUCUGACUGCAGCGUUGAAAACUAUUGGCUUAAAGCAAUUAGUGUAACUGAGUUAGAGUCUGUAUCUGCGUUUCAGUUCAAGCACUGUGAGACCGUGGCUACUUCAAGAUGUAUGAAACUGUAAAUAUUGUUUAGCUGUAUGAGUUAGUCUAGGAACUCACAUGUUUAAUUUAUUUUCUUUGUUAGUCUUUAAAUUGACCUGUCUUUCUCAACUUUUCUUUAUUUUUAUACUUAUAAAAUAUCAGAGCAAUAGAGUUUUUUUUUUUUUUUUUGUUCCUUUAUCCAUGCAUGUACUAUCUGAUGUGUUGCAGAUCAGAGUUUUAGCACCAGAGAAAUGUUCAUGACUGUCCUGCUACAAUUCACUUGGGUCCCUUAUUUCACACACACACACACACACACACACAAGUAUAAAGUGUGUUUUAAAAGUG